AUGCAUAAUGCUGCAACAUGUGUUUAUACUGACUCACAGGGUCGAGAUAAAGCGGCAGAAAUUCAAUAUUUCCCUGAAGUUGUUAAAGAUGGCCUUACGAACCAGCUCAAUAACCCAGAGGUGGAAGUGGACAUCACUAGACCAGACACCUUUAUCAGACAGCAGAUCAUGACCCUGCGAGUGAUGACCAACAAGCUGCGAAACGCCUACAAUGGCAAAGACGUCUACUUCCAAGACUCCAGUGAUGAGGAGAGCGGCUCAGGCAGCGGUAGCGGCUUCACGACUGAGCCUGAAGUGGUCCACACGGAGCCCCCGAUGCUGGAAGCAGACAAAAGCGACCCGCAACCACCAACAGACGUGGCGGCCCAUCAGCAAAGGCCUUUGUUGCAGUUACUAGUGGCAGUAACGGCCCUCACAUGGCUGCUGCUGUGGUUGAGAUAAUGGCAGUAGGCGGCACGCAGCCACAGGACGUUUAAGACAGACGCAGCAUCGCUUGCGCUGUUAGCCUUUCCAUAACUGGACUGGACAUUUUCCAAAAAAAAAAAAAAUGGUAAUAAAAAAUAUCAAGAAAUAACCCAUGAAAACGGAGAGCAAGCUAACUAGCUAGGCAUGAGGAGAAGGACAAGCGAGCGCAAACCUUUGCAUCCUGCUUGUUCCAAAGAAUGCUUGGUGCAAUCAGAAGCAGCUUCUCUUUUGGCCAACUGCUCUUAUUUCUAAAUGAAUUUAAGAGAAAAACUAACUUUUCGGAUGAAAAGUGGUCGCCAUGCAAUGGGAUCGCUUUGCGUUUUCGGAAGAGAAUGGGGAAAUAUGAAAAUCUAUAUUUUUGCUUUCCUUUUAUACUGCAUAAAUGAGACGCCAAAAUACGCUCUGGUGUUUUUUUUUGUUGUUGUUGUUGUUUUUGUUUGUUUGUUUUUUCUUAAAGUUUCACCCCUCCCGAAUCAUUGUGCGAUAAAAAAAACAGA